UCUCCCUCCCAUUCUGCUUCCUCUCCAGGCCCCUUACUCCCACAGCCAGCCUCCCACCCGUUAGCCCUGGGCAGUGGUCACUGGACACCUCACGUCUCCUCUUCUCUUGGACCCACUACCCAAAAACUGGACUCCCUGUGCCUCCCAUCAAGUUUCCAUGUGAGCAGCACCAAGCACAUCAACAUGUCCAGGUCUGAUGAGGUCAACCGGCUUACAGAAAAUGUAUAUAAGGUUAUUUUAGACCAGUUCAACCCAAGCUUGAGGAAUUUUGUGACUAUGGGGAAACAUUAUGAGAAAGCACUUUCAGGUGUCACUGUGGCAGCAAAAGGCUACUUUGAUGCACUUGUGAAACUUGGGGAACUAGCAAGCAUCAGUCAGGGGUCAAAAGAACUUGGGGAUACGCUGUUCCAAAUGGCGGAGGUUCAUCGGCAAAUCCAAGUUCAGUUGGAAGAAGUACUAAAACUGUUUCACUCUGAACUUUUGGCCCAAUUGGAACACAAGCUGGAAUUGGACAUCAAGUAUCUAACUGCGACAUUAAAAAAAUACCAAGUGGAACAUCGCUCCAAGUCUGAAUCUAUUGAGAAGUGCCAAUCGGAGCUUAAGAAACUGCGGAAGAAGUGUCAGAACAGUAAGAACCCUCAGAAGUAUGGAGACAGAGAAGUGCAGUAUGUUGAAAUCAUGAGCACCAAGCAAUGUGAGCUAGACCAGUUUGUAGCAGAUGGUUACAAAGCUGCGCUUACAGAAGAACGGCGCCGUUACUCUUUUCUUGUCGAUCGACAGUGUGCAGUGUCCAAACAUUUCAGUGCCUAUCACAGUAAGGUAAAGGAACUGUUAACUGCCAAGCUCCCAUCCUGGCAACAGUCAUGUACACAGCCUACUAAACUUCCUGAACGAGCCUUGGUUUUGGUGAAACAAACGGCAAACAGCUCAGCAGAGCCAGUUAUUUCUAAUCCAGUACCAAGCACCAAACCACUAGACGUCCCUCCAGAACUGGCUCCUCUCAUAGGUGGCGGCCUUUCCUUGAAUCAUCGAAUGUCUAUUCAAGAGGUCCUCCCUAUUCCUAAUGGAGAAACUCAUCGAGGAAGAACCUCACGUGACAUGGGGAGUCCAAGUCAUACAGAUCCAGUGCCAACUACACAAGUGUCUCCUCCACAGCUAGUAGUGCCAACAUCUUUUACACCUCCGCCACCGAAGGCCAAUGAGAUCUACUCCUGUACCUUGCCAAUGCCGCGCAAACCAGCCUCUGAAAACAGGCUUGCCACUUUGGUGGAAAACAAGACCCUGCCGCGGAUCAGCCCUUUAUCCGUAUUGCCUCCGCGGGUAGAGAGACGAAGAGUGCAGGCUGUCUUCUCUCAUACAACAGGGGAAAACAGUACACUUCUGAAUUUCCAGGAGGGAGACAUUAUCCUCCUGCUUGUUCCAGAGGCACGGGAUGGCUGGCACUAUGGCGAAAAUGAGGCCACCAAAAUGAAAGGUUGGUUUCCAUUCUCAUACACCCGUCCGGUACCCCCUGCAGAAGCCUCCGACAAGCAUGGCGCUAAUUUUCCAUUAAGUAAAUUGAACAGCAGCAGCACUGGAAAUCUAGACAAAGUAGGAGUUACACCGGCAGAAUCUGAAAGUGUUGGAUUAGACCCAAUGAGAUACGCUCCUUCACCAAGGAUAAGCACCUUUCGACAAAGACCUUACAGUAUGAUCAGCCCUGAUCUUGUCCAGUUAGCGAAUGAAUUCAGGAGCCCAGUUUCAUCGCCCUCCAGAAACAAUCCUUUUGCACAUGUCAAACUGAAACGCACGGUCACCAAUGACAGAUCAGCACCGGUUAUCCAGUGAAUUUAAGUUGUGACUUACUGACCCUAUAAAAAGCUGCUUCAAAGGAAAUCCGUGGAGGAAACAGCCUGAUUUUACAUUUUCCUCCACUGAACUCAAAAAAUUAACGUGAUUUACACUCAGAAUUAUAGGACAUUUACCUCUAAAGCAGUGAUCCUGGAGAACUGUUCUGUUUAUAUUGAACCUAUAACUUUCCUGAAUUGUUCACUUGUCAAAAACAGUAUAUCGCUGCAUGUGAGCUCAUACUGCGUGAAGUGUCUGUAUCAUGGUGUGCUAAUCACCAUUUGCUGCACCUUUCUGAUAAAGUGUUUUGUAAAAAGCCUCAACAGUAUUAAAUAAGUGACUCUCGUUGGUCACUUGACAGUUGCAAAUUUAAAGGAUAAAUUCAUUUUCUUUCAGAUCACUCUUGUGACAUUAGCAAAUUGUUUAAAGGGACAUUUAACUCAUAAUGUAAUUCCCCAUAAGAUGUUUAAUUAUGCAUAGUAAAAAUCCUUUGUAAUGUACUUUCAUUAUUUAUUUUACCUGUUUUUUUUUUUUUUUUAACAAUUUAAAAUUUGAAAGAGGAGAGUGGAUUCUGCAGAAUUAUUAAUUCUGACUAAACGUUCUACAUAUUGAGUGCUGGACCAAUGUAAGACCCCAGUUGUAUCUGUCCCUAGUUAAGCACAGCCAAGUACAUAAAAUAAAUAUUAUUAGAAGCUGGAGUAAAAUGCAAAUUCAGUUUUAAGUGAAUUUAAAAUGUGUUUUUGGUUUUUUUUUGGGAUUACAAAGCAAUGUGUAGUUUCUGUAAUCUCUAAUUUAUGCUGUAUCUCAUAAACUGAAAUACAGAUUUAAAAUUGUAAGUAUUGUGCAAACAAAAUAAGAUUUUUCAAUGUUUUACAAUUAUCUAUAUAUGUCUGCGACAGAAGGAAUUUGUAUUAACUGUGUGACUGAUUUUUUUUGUUAAAACAAAAGAUAAUUUUAUCUAAGUAUUACAGAAACUGUAUUUUAUUACACAAUUACAAUUUUUAACUUUAGACCUAUGUUCUGCACACAAAGAUUAAGUAGAACUGUUCAUUACUGUAUGUUAUUUUUGAUUAAUGUGACAUAGAGACAUGCAUAUUAUCCUAUUCUAGAGAAUAGGAUGUCUGAAAUACUAUCCUUAUAAAAGGUUUUUAAAAUAAGUUAUAAAGGUAAAUAACUUUCUGUUCAGCUUGAUGUUUAUGCUGAAUAUGUUUUUUUCUAACAAGUGACAAACUUUAAACAAUUGGUUGUCAAUCUGUGGCAAUGAAUUGGUUAUGCAAAGGCUGAAGUUAUAGUUAUAAUGGGAUUGGCGUUUGCUGAAGAAUACAAUUAUUGUCUUGUCUAAGAAGAAUGUCUCAAUGGUUUAAGAAGACGACUCCGGUAUUGUGAUAUAGCGUCAGAAAGUUUAGGCAUGUUGCAAAGUGGGCUGAUGAAGAUGAUGUAGUUGGGACAGGUCUGAUAGAGAUAUGUUUAUUUUUGUUUCACAGUGAUAAAAGGUGAAAAGGAAGAAAGUUUUUAAUUCAAUAACACUCCAUGUAGAACCACCACUGCUUUGAAGUUGUGAUACAAAAUCAUAUCUCUAAAACAAUUAUGAAGCCUUGAAGACCUUGUCAGGGAGCCAAUGAGUUGGAAUAAUUAACAGAGAGCAUAAAGAUAAGUUAAUUUGAUGCAGAGUUUUACAAUGUUUUGGGUCAGUGAUAUGUAUGUUGCAGGAAGUAAGAGACUGCAAGAUGCUGAGAGGUAUGUGUACAUGCAAUCUCUGUGUGAUGGGACUACAUAUAAUGUCCUUGAUAGGAGAAUGUAAAUAUGUGUAUAUAUGUUCCUCUGGGUAAGUUUGUCCAUAGAAUAUUGUUUGAGGUAUUAUCUUUUUCUUUAUUUAAUUUCUUUUUGGAGAAAAUACAAUAUAAACCAUGAUGUACUGUAUAUGUGGGUGAAAAACUAAGAUUUAAAAGUACUUAAAAGCCUUUACCAUUAUAUAUUUUAAUGAAACAGCAUUCUUUUUUUAAUGAUGCAAAGUACUUCUUACAAGUCCACAAUUGCUGCCUCCAUAAUUUUUCCACUGUCCUCCAAAUUUGUGCAUCAGUCAUGGCUUUUCGGAAUGGGGAUUAUUAUCCUAACAUAAGCAUCACUUUGUUGAUGCUAAUAAACCACCAUUUAUAUAUGUCGCUGAUAUUAUUUUGAGUGGAGCAUUUUUUUCCCCCCACCAGAAAAUAAAAUCUGCAGAUACCUACGGCUUCGUUACAUUACUCUGGCUGCACGACACACACAGGUAUACCAAGGCCUUUUUAAAAAAGCCAAUAUCAAAAAACACGAGAACAAAGAUCACUACUUUUUGAUUUAUGAUGGUGUUUAAAAUCAGUUUCAAUAUAAUAUGAAACAUAUUUUUGGAUGCUGAUUGGGAAAGGGAUUUAAGAGAUAUAACUUAACAAAUAUAACACACCUGUGUAUUUGGAUUCAUUUUAUUAUCACUGUGUCUUAGUGUUUUUAAAUGGACAAUACAUGUUAUAUUAACCCUACACUUACCACACAAGCUUUGGAUGUAAACUUUUUAUGCUGGUUCUGUUUUUUUUGUGCCUUUACUGCUUUGGAACAUAGUAAAGUUGGACUUUUAGGAUAAGCGAAUAUCUUCUCUAUAAAAAAUGCCCUGUAUUAAAAAAAAAAAAGAUUUGGUGGUAUAAGGUCUUUUAUGUUCUUUUAAGCGCUUGAUAUUUCUUCUAAAAUAAAUAAUGUAAAGUUACCCAUAGAGUGUGAUUAUGAUACCUCUCAAUAAACUAAUAAGUGUAACAAAAAUGUUCCCUCUCAAAAUGUUUAACCUGUAAAAGAAUUGUUUAUUUGAUGACAAAUAUAUUUAGGACAAAGAAAACUUAUUUUAGCAGAUGUUCAAUCUUUAUGUUAACAACAAAGUCAUUUAUUAUAUAUGAAAGUUGUUUAAUGUGUAUAUAAUAUGUGAAGUGUUUUUAACAUCAUCUUUAGUGCCUACACCUCCGUUUUUGUAAUAUAAUGGCAAAUUGUAACAUACGUUGUGCUGCAUUAUUGGCGUCUGCAACUAACUGGGAAAAUAGAACCUGUGUUAUUCCCAUUGUA